AUGGCCUUCCAAGAAACCCAUUCUUCUUCUUCUUCUUCUUCUUCUUCUUCUUUCACCCAUCCAUCAACUUUCGAUGUAUUCUUGAGUUUUAGAGGUGAAGAUACUCGAAACAAUUUUACUGCCCAUUUAUGCGCAGCUUUGCGUCGAAACGGAAUUAACACCUUCAUGGAUGAUAAGCUUAGAAGUGGAGAGAAAAUUUCACCAGCACUUCUCAAAGCCAUUGAGCAGUCAAAGAUUUCAAUCAUUGUAUUCUCUAAAAACUAUGCAUCAUCUCAUUGGUGCUUGGAUGAACUAAUGAAGAUCCUCGAGUGUAGAGAAAUAAGGAAGCAACAAGUUUUACCGUUGUUUUAUGAUGUAGAUCCGAAGCAAGUACGGAACCAAAUUGAAAGUGUUGGAGAAGCAUUUGCCAAACUUGAAGAAAGGUUCAAGGAUGACGAAAUGAAGGUGAAUGGGUGGAAGACAGCCCUAAGCGACAUGGCCAAUUUGUCAGGAAUGCAUCUGGCAAACAGGAAGUCUCUGUAG